AAAAAAAAGAAGCACUUUUAUUUUGUUUAACUGUUUACAUUGGGGUUGUUUGCUUACUUACACAGCAACCUAAGAUGGUGUGCCAUCUCAGUCUGAAAAUAGCCUCCAAAUGCUACAGUUUUUGUAAAUUAAAGGCUAAAAAUUACCAUCGAAAGGCAAACUAUACUUUAUAUGUACACUAUGGAAAUCCUGUGCAUUUUCUUCAGAAACUUAUUUUAAUAUGAAUAUCCUUUUUUUUUGGGUCUUUUUGAGACAGUUUCAUUGUACAGUUCAAGCUGGCCUUGAAAUCACUUUAUAGCCCAGCCUGGCCUCAAACUUGAAGCAAUCCUCCUGCCUCAGUCUCCAGAGUGCUGGGAUUAUAGGUGUGGACUACCACACCUGACUAAUAAUAUUUAAAGUUUGUUCUAUUUUUGUUUUUCUUGUUCUAAUUGAAUGCGUGCCACAUGCAGAGAAGUAAUGUGAGCAAAAGUUUUCUGUUUGGGAAUGAUGAAUUUCAUUUUUCCACACAAAGUUUCUAUGCUUCUGUAGCACAACGGGAGAGGCCUUAAUGUAUCAGACAUGCAGUGUUGUAAAGAGGUUGAGAGAAUGAAGAUUGAAAUCUAAGUAAAAAUGGUGAUCUCAAACGAAGCCUAAGAUUAAAUGAGGUUGUACAUCUGAUAAUGAAUAAAGAGUUGCAAAUGAAAGUAUACAAUGAAAUGUUCUGCCAUUUGAUGUUAAUGACAGUAUAUUUGAUCCCUAGUGUCUGAAUAUAUCAGAGUGGUAAAAAUGAAAACACCUUUCCAUUGAAUCAGGAAUUAGAUACAAGGCUGCAGUGAUUGGGUGGAGCACAGCCAUGUAAAAUUGGACUGGAGAAGCACGAAGUUAGUAAGGAAGUGGAAGACUACGGUAUGGUGGAUUGAAAACUAGUGGUCAGCAACAUUCAGCUGAACUGAAUCAGAUGGUGCUGCGUGUGGAUGGCCCACCUGAGGAUUGUUGCCAACAUAAAAAGAGGACCCAGAGAGGAAGAAAUGUUGCUGUUGAUUGUCCUGUUGCUAUGGGUUCUUCUGGAGGAGCUCGUGGAGCUUCUUACCUGACUGGUCGAAAAAAUAAUGGAUUUUACAGAGGCUUAUGCGGAUACAUGUUCUACGGUUGGUCUUGCUGCCAGGGAAGGCAAUGUUAAAAUCUUAAGGAAACUGCUUAAACAGGGCCGAAGCAUUGAUGUUGCUGAUAACAGGGGAUGGAUGCCAAUUCAUGAAGCAGCUUAUCACAACUCCAUAGAAUGUUUGCGGAUAUUAAUUCAUGCAGAUUCAUCUGAAAACUACAUUAAGACAAAGACUUUUGAAGGCUUCUGUGCAUUACAUUUUGCUGCAAGUCAAGGACACCGGAAGAUUGCACAGAUUCUUUUAGAAGCUGGAGCAGAUCCUAACGCAACUACGUUAGAAGACACCACACCAUUGUUUUUAGCUGUUGAAAAUGGACACAUAGAUGUGUUAAGGCUGUUGCUUCAACAUGGAGCAAAUGUUAAUGGAUCCCAUUCUAUGUGUGGAUGGAACUCCUUGCACCAGGCUUCUUUCCAGGAGAAUGUUGACAUCAUAAAAUUACUUCUUAAAAAAGGAGCAAAUAAGGAAUGCCAAGAUGACUUUGGAAUCACACCUUUGUUUUUGGCUGCUCAGUAUGGGAAGCUAGAAAGCUUGAACAUACUUAUUUCAUCAGGUGCAAAUGUCAAUUGUCAGGCCUUGGAUAAAGCUACUCCCUUGUUCAUUGCCUCUCAAGAAGGUCAUACAAAAUGUGUGGAGCUUUUGCUGUCUGGUGGGGCAGAUCCGAAUCUCUACUGUAAUGAGGACAGUUGGCAGUUACCUAUUCAUGCAGCUGCACAAAUGGGCCAUACAAAAAUCUUGGACUUAUUAAUACCACUUACUAAUCGGAUCUGUGAAACUGGACCAGACAAAGUAAGUCCUGUUUACUCAGCAGUAUUUGGAGGACAUGAAAAGUGCUUAGAAUUACUUCUCCAGAAUGGUUACAGCCCAGACGCCCAGAUAUGCCUGGUCUUUGGAUUCAGUUCUCCUAUGUGCAUGGCUUUCCAAAAAGAAUACAACGUGAUAAAACCAAUGGAAACAGAAGAAAACCAGUGGAAACAGAUGGAAACAAUGGAAACCAAUGGAAACAGAACAAAAGCAUGUUCUGAGUUCCUUGGAAUUGUGAAUAUCCUUUUGAAGUACGGUGCCCAGCUAAAUGAACUUCAUUUGGCAUAUUGUCUGAAGCAUGAGAAAUUUUCAGUAUUUCGCUACUUUUUGAAGAAAGGUUGCCCGUUAGCACCCUGGAGCCACGUAACUGAAUUUAUAAAUCAUGCAGUUAAAGCACAAGUGAAAUACAAGGAAUGGCUGCCUCAUCUUCUGCUUGCUGGAUUUGACCCAUUGACACUACUGUGCAGUUCUUGGAUUGAUUCAGUCAGUGAGGACACCCUUAUCUUCACUUUGGAGUUUACUAAUUGGAAGAGACUUCCACCAGCUGUUGAAAAGAUGCUCUCUGCUCGUGCCUUAAACUCUUCAUGGAUUCUACAGCAAUGGAUUGCCUCUGUUCCAUCCUUAGCCCAUCUUUGUCGUUUGGAAAUUCGGUGCAGCCUCAAAGCAAACCACUUAAAAUCUGACAGUUUUAUCCGCCAAUUGCCACUUCCUAGAAGCCUGCAUAAUUAUUUGCUCUAUGAAGAGGUUCUGAGGAUGAAUGAGGUUCCAGAACUGGCAGAUGAUGAUGAAGAAAUCAGUGAAGCUACUUAAUGCAGUUCAUUUCUCACUUUGAAAACCAAGACAGAAGAGCCACAGUGUACAAAUGACUCGUGAUUUUUGUAGUCACAAAAGUUAUUUUUGUUUGUGCAAAUGGUUAGGUUUGGUGGGGACAGUACUAAAUGUCAGUGUUUACAGCUGGACUUCUCAGAAAAAUAAUGUAAACUUCAUUAUUUUAUUGUAGUUUGAUUACCAGCACACUUUAUGUUUUUUGGUUUUUUUUUAUUUACCUCACCAUUGUCUGCUUUAUUCUACUAAUAAACUGUGAUGUUUCUUCUAGUGCUACCCAUGGCAUAUUUUCACCUAAAAUUUAUGUAGCGGUGCUAGCAACUACAAAUGGGAUAUGUAAUACUUUGUGGAAGAGUAUACAACUGCAUUAUCGAAUUUAUUAUUAAUUAUUUUGGGGGCUGAAUGUCUCUUGUUUAUUUAUUUAUUUGUUUUUUGGUACUGGGAACCAAACUCAACAUCAUGCUUGCCAGGCAGAUGCUUAUGCCACUGAGCUGAAUCCCCAGCCCUAGAAUUCAUUUUCCUAUCCUUUCAUAUUUCGUUUUUACUCUGAAGGCAGCCACUUUUACGAAGAAUUGACAUUUGUUACCUUUUCACAUAUAAACUCUGGGGACUUUUUUUUUUUUUUUUUUUAAAGAAAAUCAAUGAUAUUGCUGGUCUCACCUGUUACCAGUUCCUUUAUAACCUUUGGCAACAAUAUAUCUCAUUUUUAAUCUGCAAAGAUUAAGAAUGUACUUGAGUUUACAGGCAUAUUUAGUUGAAAUUAUAAGGUCAAUUUUACAGUAAGCAUUUUACCACUUUCAGAGUAUUUGAAACGAGUGUAGGGGACAUUCAUGUGACAUCAUCUUUAAAAGGUUCAUAUUCCUAAGUUAGUAUCAAGUAUUAACACUUAAGCUCCAUUCAGCCCCAGAGUCAAAGGGCGACUGUUUUCCUAUUGUUGCAGAAAAUAGGACCAAACUAGAUGAAAGAUAACUCAGCACCAAGGAACUUGGAAGGCAGACAGCUUUAUUACCCCAGUGUGCUGGUGGGAAUCUCAGUUCCAGAUCAUCAGCCCUUGGGGUUAAUAAAACACUUACAUAUGUUGUUAAUAGGAAAUACAAAAGGCUAGCAGAAAAUAUUACGACUUAUAGCAGGACUUUUUAUAGUUGGUUACAUGUUCUCUUGUCAUAUGUUGGUAGGCAGAGUUAGUUCAGGCAAGUUAAUGGGGGGAUUUUUAUCCUACAGUAGGAGGGUCAGUUGCUGGGGUGAGCAGUAAGAAUCAGUCAUUGUCUUAGACUGAGCUGAGUUAUUCUCUGGGUGAUAUGUCUUUGAAACUUUGGAGUGGGUUACUGUAACAGAUAGAUGUACUUUUGUCUAAGCCACCCUUACCUUUUUUUUGGAGUUAUCCUUAUCUUACAUGUUGCAACUGGUGUUGGAAUGCCAAGGCUAGCAGAGUUUUGCCACUCUAAUUAUGGGAACAGAUUGUGUCUACCUUGAAAUAUCCUUGAGUAUAGUAGCAGACUUGUAAGCUUUAAAAUUCCUUUGCAUUUAAAAUUUACUUUACACUAUGAAACAGUAAUGGUCAAUUCUAUUAAUAUUAUAGUUUAUUUUUUCUUAUUAUCUUAGAUAGGCUCUCAAACAAUCUGUGAAUUAGACCUGAAAAUCCUGGGUUAAUAAGCUGUGUUUUCAUGGGUUUUUACGAUUGCGCAGUGAGAAUCUAGAAUCAGAAAGGAUAAACACAGGACACUGAGUUGCUUAGAUGCUGUGGAGACUAGCUUUGAGAGGGAGACAGAUAAGAGAGCCUUCCCGUCAGAGUAGACAGUUUGAGAUGGCCCAGGGAGGCCCGUCUUGCAUCCUGUGGCGAAGCAUGUGGGAGUAGAGCUUCAGCUCUCACUGUGACACACAGUCACUGUUCGCAGUGUUGAAAGUGAGGUAAGGGAGAACCCAAGGGAUAGCUGGGAUCUUGCUUCUGUAGGUUAGUAUAGUCUGGAAUAUGGUAGAUGUGAAAUUUAGGUGGAGAGUCAACUAACUAAAUUAAUACAGAAAUUUAAAAAUUAUAUGUGUUAUAUAGUAUUUUUAAAAUGUCAUAACCUUUAUUUUUCAAACCCUAAGUCUCUGAUUUUUUAAAUAUAACACUUGAGGGUCAAAUAUGCAUAAAAAGCUUAAGUCUCAAGGUGGUCUUUUAUAUAUCGUUCAUGUUCAGCUUUAUAGUUAAAAACUCAGUUAUACAUUUUCAUUGAACUCUUGUGUUUGAAGAUCUGAGAUUGAAUACAGAUGGUCUCUUUUUUUCAUUACGACAAAAGUGAUCCACAUUCAACAGAAGUCAAACUUUGAAUUUUGAGUGUUGAUCUUUUUCUGAGCAAAUGUUGUGCUGUAAUCCCAGAGCUCUGGUAAUCUGAGGCAGUAUGAACCAGGCUGGACAAUUUAGUGAAUUAGGAAGAUGCUGUUUAAAAGUUUAGAAACAGCUAGGCAUGUAUUUCAGUGUGUGAGGGCCCUGGCAUCACCCCACUGCCAUUAAAGCAGAACAAAAACAGGUGUCUCGACUAACAUUUAUGUACAGUUCCAACCAAGAGAUUCCUUUCCCUGCCGCUCUGUGUGACUUGGGGUAGCUGUGGGGAAGUAAACCAAGAAUAAAUGCAUUUGGAUUCUCCUUAUAACUCUUAUUGGCUUGCCGACAUCCCAGGCUUUAAGAAUAUUUAUGGAUUUUAUGUAAAUAUGGCCCACAGUUGAUCAUUUACAUAGUCUGAUAGUUUUAUAAAAACUUUUUUUUCAAAAUAAUGAAAUUUAACAUUCUUAAAUAUUUUUCUCUUUGAAGCUAAGUUGUUUUUAAAUGUCUAUUUAUUAUUAUUGUUAAAUGACAGAUGACUAUUGACACUACCUGGCAGUAAGUAAACUUUUUUAUUCAGUAAAAUCUUCUAAUUUUUAUGAGAUGGAACUCAUUGUUUAGUGUUUCUGUGACAGGUUAGUAGAAAAUAUAAAGCCUAUGUUACCCCUUUAUCUAGAUGCCCCUCCAAAAUCUGUAGUCAUAGGUGGGCCUUUUUAGACAUGGCUUGAUCUAGAGUGUGAUACUGGGAUUAAGAGUGUGUGAUAAGUAAAUGGGUUCAGCAUAACUCUGGGUGUGGAUAAUGGAAGCCCCAUCCAGGUAUCAGUGGCACCAAUCAAUAGGCUCAUAGCGUGGAUGGAUAUAAAGGGAGAGAUGGAGGGCCGCGGCCGCUGCUUUGCUGCCUUCUGCCUGCUGUGCCAUGGAUUCCUCUGUGAUGCCCCUCUGCCAUGCCGUCCUGGCUUGGAGCCAGCUGACUGGAUUGAAACCUGUACAAAUUGUCAGCCAAAUAAACUCUUCCUCCUUUAA